AGUUGCGGGGCCAGGUGUCCGGGGAGCGGAAGCAGCGCUGCACUAGCGGAAGUGCUUUUUGCCAGACUGUACAGGAGCAGCCGGCAGCUGCCACGUCUGACUGCGGGGGAGAGAAACCUCUGAGAGGCCGAGCCGUACCCCGGAGAGACACCCAGGAGCAGCCGCCAUGGUAUCCGUAAUAAACACCGUGGACACCUCCCAUGAGGAUAUGAUUCACGACGCUCAGAUGGAUUAUUAUGGCACACGUCUGGCCACGUGCUCCUCCGACAGAUCAGUGAAGAUCUUUGACGUUAAGAACGGUGGCCAGUUGCUGAUAGCUGAUCUGCGGGGGCACGAAGGACCGGUUUGGCAAGUAGCCUGGGCACACCCGAUGUAUGGGAACGUCCUGGCAUCCUGCUCGUACGAUAGGAAGGUAAUCAUCUGGAAAGAAGAAAACGGGACCUGGGAGAAGACGUACGAGUACACCGGCCAUGACUCUUCAGUAAACUCCGUGUGCUGGGCUCCCCAUGACUUUGGCCUGAUGUUGGCGUGUGGCAGCUCCGAUGGAGCCAUCUCUCUGCUCACUUACACGGGGGAUGGUCCCUGGGAUGUCAAAAAGAUCAGCAACGCCCAUACGAUCGGGUGUAAUGCCGUCAGCUGGGCUCCUUCUGUGGUUCCCGGUAGUCUAGUGGAUCAACCAUCUGGGCAGAGGCCCACCUACAUCAAGAGGUUCGUCUCCGGUGGUUGUGACAACCUUGUAAAAAUCUGGAGGGAGGAGGACGGGCAAUGGAAGGAAGACCAGAAGCUGGAGGCGCAUAGUGACUGGGUGCGGGAUGUGGCCUGGGCACCUUCUAUUGGUCUCCCCACCAGCACCAUUGCCAGCUGCUCCCAGGACGGCAGAGUUUACAUCUGGACGUGCGACGAUCCGUCCAGCAACAGCUGGAACCCCAAACUGCUGCACAAAUUCAAUGAUGUGGUCUGGCACGUGAGCUGGUCCAUCACGGCCAACAUCCUGGCUGUGUCCGGGGGUGACAACAAGGUGACCCUGUGGAAGGAGUCUGUGGACGGGCAGUGGGCGUUGAUCAGCGACGUGAACAAGGGACAAGGCGCAGUGUCUGCGGUGACAGACGGACAGCAGAACGAGCAGUGACCUCUUUGUGCCUGACGAUGACUUGGAGGACCCGGAUGAUGAAUUCCUGCUUUCUGUCCGAGGCCAAUCAUCUAGCUGUCAGGCGGAGUGGGAUUCCCACUAGGACAAUUUGCACAUUAUCAUUAACUCCUCCCCCUGCGGCAUGCCGCCUUCUGGCUACACGAUAUGUGGGAUUUUACUAUUUCUGAGCAGUUUGCUGUUUUUGUCUUUUGAUAUUGUCACAGGACGAGCAGCUUCCUGGGAAAUUAAAAGCAAAUUAUUUGUACAAAAAGUCAUUGGUUGUUUGAGUAACCGGUUAUACCCAAACCUGAGGAAUCUUAUAGGAGUUUAUAUGGCUUUAUCCCUGUGAGGUGACCCAGUGGGAGGACGUGCACCGUAAGGCAGAUUGUACAGAACACCCAUAGCGUAUGUAUUGCUGAAUCUCUCUGGAGAUUUCUACAAUCUGUAUUAAUGGGUAAUGUGAUUACAGUAUAUACCAAUACGAUCUACAAGAUUUUAUACAUCUCCCAACAGUGCUGCAUAAAAGGCGUUUUUCUCCGUAAUCCCAGGCCGUGGCUUCUCCGCGCGCCUCGGGAACAUUCCAGAUCUCUAAACUAUUCCCCAGCAAAUCGUCCUAUUGUUAUUGAGACUUUUACCCAUUUCCCCUCUCUGUGCGUAACAGCAAUUAUUGUUUAAUUAUGAAAAAGUAAAAAAAACCUGUUGGAAUAAAAUAUGGAAUUAUUAUA